AUGACCGAUAGAAUGGAUACUAGUAUGGAAUAUCCGUCAUUUGAUCUUCAAUCAACUCAUCUUUCAUUUGAGGAACGACGAUGGUUAUUCAAACAAUAUUAUUUAUAUAAAUUAGAUAAUUUAAUACAACAAAUUGGUGCUCUUCACAAAGCAAUUCAGGGAUAUCAACAAUUUUCUAUCAUACCAGCAUCAUUAUCACCUUCAUCUAUGAUAGCAGAAGUACGCUUGGAUGACAAACAUCCGCUAUAUUAUUCAUCUGUUGUAAAUGGUCGUACAGAUAAUCAAAUAGAUCAAUUUCGUCUUCAUUAUCAACAACUAUUUCAAUUAGUAUUUAAUGAUUUAUGUACAGAUUUAAAUUAUCGUAUAUUCAUUAUUAUAAUUGAAGGAUUUAUUUUCUAUUCAUCUCAAACGGCAAAACAAUAUAAAUCAUUAUUAACACAUGAAAUGCAUAGAUGUUUAUCAUCAUUUGAUAUAUAUAUACGAUCACGUUCAUCAAAACUAAUUAAUCUUUUAUCAUUUCUAACACAAUUAUCAAUUUCAUCAUAUACAAUUGUUCAUACACAUUAUGAAAAUAAUAUUGGUAUACUUUUUCAACUUUUACCUAAAAUUCAAUAUUAUUUAACUCCAACAACAGAAUAUAAUUCAAUAAUAGCUGUUGAUCAAUAUGCUAAACAUAUUAUUUCACCUGAAGAACUUCGUUUUAUUGAUUAUACUAUGAAUUUAAAAAAUAAAUCUCAUACAGGAUUUGUACAGCAAACACCAACAAAUGAUACUCCUGUGACAUUUGGAUUUAAUCUGAAUGGAUUAAUAAGAGGGAAAAAUGGAUCCACGACACCUUUUCCACUUCCUUUUCAAGUUUAUCAUUCAUUACCAAUUAUAUAUCCAUAUGAUAAUAAUAUGAUAUAUAGUCAAAAAUAUCCUGUAUUUUGGACAGGUGAUGGUCAUACAAAUGAAAAUAAUAAUGCUUUAUUUCAAGUAAUUACAGUUGAACAAAAUUCAGCAGAAUUUUUAUUUGUUCAACGAUUAUUUUAUAAAACAGUUGCUGAAACUGAUAUUAAUAUCGCAUUUAUUGAACGUAUAGAAAAUCCUCAUUUAUGGGAAAAAUUUUGUGUACAUCGUUCAUAUAUGCGACGGAAAAAUGAUUUAAAAAAUCUAAAUGAAAAUUGGUUGUUUCAUGGAACAAAGUCUGAUAAUCAUCAUCAUAUAAUGGAACAUGGUUUUAAUCGUUCAUAUUGUCGUGAUUAUGUUUAUUAUGGUCGUGGUGUUUAUUUUAGUCGUUAUGCAUGUUAUUCAUGUCAUUAUAGUGAUCGUCAAGAUUUAUCUUUUCUUUUUUUAUGUCGUGUACUUGUUGGUUAUCAUACAAUUGGUAGUAAUGAUAUUCGUGUACCAUCAAAAAUUACUUUAUCAAAUGGAAAAUCUAUACAAGCAGAUUCAACAACUGAUGAUAAAACUCCAUAUACAAUUGUUUGUACAUUUCAUGAUGAUCAAAAUUAUCCAGCAUAUAUUAUAACAUAUAUGAAUAAAAUGAAUUAA